AUAACUUGGCAAGAUGAACACUCGGCUCCGUUCUCCUGGGAAACGAAGAGUCAGAUGGAGUUCAGCAUUGCAUCUCUGUCCAUACAAGAACAAGGUGGUGCCCAGUUGCAGAAUGAACAGAGGCAGCCUGUUAAAGCAGCACCUGGUGUCCAAGUCCCUAAAUCUUCUCAGGCCAAGACGACCCCUGGCUCUGAUGGGUUGAUAGCAUCCAGAAAGGAAGAGGAGUCCUCCUUCUGGAAGAUAAAUGCAGAGCGCUCGAAAUUUGAAGGAGACAAGUCUGAGUUCCAGUCCCUGACCCCCAGCCAGAUCAAGUCCAUGGAGAAAGGAGAGAAACCCCUUCCCUCUUUUUACAGACAAGAGUCUACUCCAAAGGAGACAGCAAAACCUGAGAAGCCCAGCAUAGCUAAACCAGAGAAGUCUGUUGCCCCCAGCCUACCUUCUAUAUCUCUCGAAUGGGAGAAACCUCGACCCACUCAAAUCCCUACUAGUUCUCUAGAUGACUUCUUUCUUCCUGACCCACCACAGGACCUGACAUCUUCUAGGACAAACAAGGAAGAUCCUGAUGGUACUAUACUUACAGAUGCACAAAUGCCUGGACAGACUAGUACAAGCAAUGUUAUCUUGAAGACUGGCUUUGAUUUUCUAGACAACUGGUAAAAGAUACUUCAAAAUAGAUCAAACCAGUUCUGGGAAAGGAGUGGAGUAUCUUUAUCCUUGUAUGUUAAUUUACUAGCAUUUGUGUCUUUUUCUAGAAGUAACUUUCAAACUCUUAAAUGUUGCCUUUGUAUGAACUUUUGUAAUACCAUAUGCAUUUUUGUUUUUUAAACAGUGAUAGAACUGUAGUUUCAUUUGGAUAUUUUUUAAUAUCUGUUAAAAUUUUUAGUAGCUACUGUAUUGAGAGGAUGGGAGAAGUUACCAUACACAUGUUAAAGAAAACCAAAUGAGAGUCUCCAUAUCCUAGAAAUGGAACCUACAGGACCAGAUGGCUAUUUUCAAUUGAAACCUUGCUAGCAUGGCUUGUAAGAAAUAGCAUUGCACAUGCAGUGGUUCCAAAUAAGCAAAUAAUUCCAUACUUUGGAUAACUACCAAAAACAGUAUGAAAAAUAGGCAUACAGAAGAAUUGCAUUGAUUUCUAUGUUUCAUUUUCUUUGAAAGUAGCUUUUGUACCACUUAUUUGAAAACACUUUUCUUUUGAAGAGGGCAAAGGUAUUGCCAAAAUGGUGGAUCCAAAGCAGCACUGUGUUUGUACACUACAAAUCUGCUAAAAUAACACAAAAGUG